CCUGUGGGCCAGUUGAUGUUUGGGAUUCAUGUUAUAGAAAGGGUUUUUCCACUUGCUUGUUGGGACUUCGUUGGCCCUCUGUAUGUGUCUCUUUUUGUGGAAAUCAUGCAAGAUGUUUGCUGUAUCAUCCCUCAAUGGCUCAUAAAGUUCUGCCUGGGAACCACCACUGAUUUUUCAGAGGGAGUGGAAGAGCCUGUAACCACAAAGAACAAAGCCACAGUUGUUUGAGGUAUUUUACUUGACAAGUGCUAGUACGUGAAGAACUGCACCAUCACACCCUCCCUGUGAGUAAUGUGGAGACAGUAAUUGCCCUUAGAGUUGGUCUAGAUCCUGGACUUAAAGCAAGUGCCUUGAUAUGGACUCUGGGAGAAGCAACACUGUCCAAGCUUUGGGCUAGGCCACAUGGCAGGAUAGUAACCUGUAGGCUGUAACUUGUCAGGAAUUUUCAUUCCGUGAGUGGCAAGUGGUGGUUUGGGAGCACAUGUGGAUGAUGUAGAGCCAGCGAAUGGAUUAAAUGCUUCUCUGCUGACUUUUAGUGGAUAUUAAGAAGAUUGAAGUUAUGUCGAUGACGAUGUUGUUUGAACUUCGAAAGAUGAUUGAGACAAGUGAAAAGGAACUUUUCCCAACAGAUUCCUCUAUGGACAUAGCCCCAUCCCUGAUAACUCUGUAUGACAAGUAUGCGUCCACCAACAGCGAACUCAUGUCGAUCACGGAGAGCACGGCCGCCAAGACGGAAUCGCCCGAGAGCUCCAGCAAGGAUGACAUUAUUCCCUCCAAGACGGGAACCAGUGAAAUCACAGACCCUGAGACCGAGACAGAUUCCAUGGCGGUUGAUACCACUGAUGUUACCGACGGAGUUGUGAGUACCUGUGAUGCUCCCAUGGUACAUAUAGAUGAGCCAGCAGAUAUGACUGAGAAACCGGAAGAGUUAAAUGUAAUGCCAAAUCCCCCUAACCAAAGUUUUCUGUACAAAUCCCUUUCAUCUUUGAAACCGGACGUGGUAACUGAGGAGAAAGAUGCAACUGAUACAGACGUGCAGAGCAAGAAGCGACGAAGCGAGAGUUGCCCUGGAAUUUUGGAUGGAGACAAUGAACCAAGUACUAAUGCCACUGUGGAGACUGAAAUAGAAUGUACUACUGCUGCUCCCACUGAGAGCAAAUUGAAGACAUCAAAUGUGGAAUUCAAAACCUCUGGUUCUGACUUGAGAUCAGCUAGUCUCGACAAGAGCGCCCACCCACCGAAACGCAAAACGUCAGCAACUUCACCCCCAGAGAGGACAGACACUAAUGCCAAUUUGAAAAGCUUCCAGAGGACACUGUCAUUUGGUGCGCGGCUUGCAAGAACAAAAUUCAGCCAGUUUAUCGAGAGCAAUGCUCUGGGAAAGUCCAAACAUGAAGCAGCCUCUAACAAGAAGACCAGCGAGGCUCCAACGGUCAAACCCAGAACCCGGUUACGAAGCGACUCGGAGCCAGCACCCCUUUCAGUGUCGGCCAUCAAGCUGGAUCACAAGAGGAAAUCCUCACGUCUCAAUCCAGCCAUUUCAUCAACGGCUGAGAUCGAUGACGCCCUGUCCCCCACAGCCUCCCCCCUCUCGACUCCGCCCCCUAGACUCAAGUCCCAACAGUCCUCCAGACACAGUUUCUCGUACAUGGAUCAGAAAUGCAAGGAACUUCUGGACACAGAGGAGAGUUACGUGAUGGAUUUGGAGGACGUUAUACAGGGCUAUAAGGAACCUAUAGCGGCCACCAUCAAUUUCAUCACACUAGAGGACCAAGACACUCUAUUUGGUAACAUCCAAGAAAUCCACGACUUCAACAAAAAACUUUUGAAGGAGUUACAACAGUGCAAUAAUGACCCAGUACUGAUCGCAGAGUGCUUCCUUGAUAAUGAGAAGAACUUCCGAGUGUACACAGACUACUGCACCAACUACCCCGACACCAUGGAGGUGCUGAUUGACUGCACCAAGUACGAUGACGUAGCCGAGUUCUUCCGAGAGUGUCAGCUGUACCUGGGGCAUCCACUGCCUCUGGGAGCCUACCUCCUCAAGCCAGUACAAAGGGUUCUGAAGUAUCACCUGCUCUUCCAGGACAUGUAUAAACAUGUCAACAAGGAAGAGGAGGGUUACGAAAUCAUCGGUGAUGCCCUGGUUUGCAUGACGGGCAUUGCACGCUACAUCAACGAGAUGAAGCGCAAACAUGAGGCCAGGGUGCACGUGCAGGAGAUUCAGAGCCAGCUGGUUGGUUGGGAGGGUGACCUCAUGUCAAGUGGUGAUCUUGUUCUUGAGGAUGUGUUCCGUAUGCAAGGAGCAAGGGCAGAACGCUACCUGUACCUGUUUGAGAAGGUGUUACUUAUCGGCAAGAAGCGAGAAGAUGGACUGAUCAGCAUCAAGACUCAUAUAUCAUGCUCCAACUUGAUGUUGAUUGAGAGCAUACAGAAGGAACCAUUGGGCUUCAACGUGCUUCCUUUUGAUAACCCCAGCAUUCAGUACACAAUCCUGGCUCGAAGUAUGGACCAGAAGAAACUGUGGAGCCAUGAAAUCAAGAAACUGAUUUUGCAGAACUUUGAAAGCAAAAUACCGUCCAAUUCCUACGAGCUGAUCUUGAGAAGCACUAUGUCAACCACAACGGACCCAAACAAAGAAGUCCAGCCUGACCAGGACCUGACGCGCGACAAGAAGGAGAGGAAGUCCAAACGUAGACAGAAGCGACGCAACUCAGAGCCAAUGGGCAAGCUCAUCAGAGGUCAAAAACAGGUCAAAGCGGCUGUGGAAAGCAUGAUAACCAGAGGAAUGAAGAGGCCAGAGCUGUCUAGAUGGAAUGGCAGGAGUUCCAGUGGUGACAUCAGGGUUGAGACGUUCAACACGACAGACGAUUCCGACAAUGAAUCAUUGGAGUCCCCACAUAGACGGUCAACAUCACGCCUGACUGACGUUACCCCUGAGCGGAGAAGCAGUUUGUCAGCUGGGUCUGACUCGACCAGAACCCCAGACUCCAGGAGUCCCAACAAACGACCCACAGCAGGUAACCUUAGCCAAAGACUAAGCCGGAACAGCAUGGAGCUGGACGGCAGCGUGUCCAGCACACACAGCGACGAGGAGAAAGAUCGAGCUGCCGAGCGUAGCAACCUGACCAAGAAACGGGAGUCCAACCGAGACUCGGGCAUUGGGAGCAUGACGCUGUCGGAGCACGCUAGCACGGAGGGGGACCGAGAUGCCAACGGCUCGAGCAGGCGGGGCGGACCAGACCGCAACAAGACUGCCGAGGACAUGGUCAAGAAGGCAGACCCAAACGAGGAUGACAAUGCCAUUGAGGAACUCAUUGAGAACACGGAGAGUCCCGAUGAACUGGAAGCCCUCGAGGCCUUGCCCGAAAUUGUCCCCAAUGCAAGCGUUGGACAUGAGGACACGAUGGACCUGGAAUCCUUGCCCUCUUUCAUCAAAAAGGUCUCCCCGUCAGAGCCAUUCAAAGUCCGACACUCAAACAUCAAGAGCUAUCGCCCCCUCAACACCCUUAAAAAUGGAGAUGUGUGGCUUCCAAUGUCCUCAAAUUCGUACGUGAGGAGCCGAAGUGCCUCAUAUGGUGCACGGCCGCUCAGUGCCGAUGUAGCGAUGCAUGCACCUCUCAAAAUCCCGUUGUCCCGUUCCAACAGUGACGACAGGUGCAUGUUGGCUGCCGUCAGUGAGAUGCAUAAUCGAUCCCACUCGGACCCCAACAUGCUGGACACUCACACGGAGGACCGGAGUAGCAGCCCACCCCGCGCAGAGCCGGAAAAUGUGUCACCAUCACCCCAGAUUGACCUCCUAGAUGUGUCACCAUCCUCCUUAGGAGCAUCAGGAGAAACUUCCUCCUUUUCCUCAAAUGAAAACCUCUUGGAGUCUGUUAACAAUGCCUUCAAGAGGCUUGGAGAGAAGUACUCGAACUUUCACCUCUCCGAUAACGAGGGCAACAAGAGCGAAGCAGUUGAAGAUUCGGCGGACAGUGUGGCAAAUGUGUGCACUGCCUCAGCAGCUACCAAGUUGGAAAAGGAUGAACCUGAGUCGGAGACAGACAAAUCCUGUCAAGAAGAAUGUCAGGCAGAACCACCUCCGGUACCGUUGCCACCCAAGACGGUCAUCAAGCUUGCUCGCGAGUUCAGCCGCAAGGCCAAGGAGGGUCCUAAGCUAGUUAUGUUGAGGCAUGUCUUCAGCGAUCCUUACAUAGAUCGAGAUGGCACGGCCCACAGCGAGGGCUUCUCAAUAAAGGAGGACAAGGAUGGACACACUGUCGUGAGACCCAAGACACCUGGCAAGGUCACCAGUAAGAUUGAGACCUUCCAGAGGGCCAUGACAGAGAACGAGUCAUGGGAGGCACCCGCUAGGAGCCGGGUCCGUCACAUCUCGGAUUCGCUGUUUCAUGCCACACCUGUCAGAGCCACCAGCUCAUCUUCAGAUGAGGAAAAGACAACUUGCCAAGACAGCACCCCGUCAUCGCAGAGCAGGAAUGGUCGGAACAGGCAAUCCGUGCGAGAUGCGGUCCGGAAUUUUGAGAAGCCCUCGCCGCUGAAGCCGGAAUCCAAGGUGGUGACGCCGGUCUCUUUGGGAAUAAAGCAGCGCCUGCAAGCCAUCCAGCAGAAUGCUGAGUUUCACAAGCAGACGCAGGACGAGCUCCGGAGUGCCAAGAUUAAGUCGCUGCGGGAGAGGAGGCAAGAGCUGCAGGAGUGGGUCUCCAGGCCCAUCCCCAGGAAAUACACCAUCAGCGAAACGGGCAUCUUGGAAAUGGCCUUCUCUGACACCGCAUCCCACUGCUCAGACGAGCCUGACGGGAUGAGCAGCUAUGCCAGCAGUCUGCAGAGCAGCGCCCAAGCCUCGCCCGUUCAUGUUGCAAGAGGUGCCCUCAGCCUUGCGGGGUCAGAAACCUCCAGUGAGCCUUCCCCUCAAGAUUCAGAGCCUGUCCCUUUUCGUUCUCUCAAGGAGCGCUUUCAAGAGCUAGAGAAGGCCGUCUCAAAGCCUGUCCCCAGGACUUGCAUCAACCCCAAAGACGAAAUUGAGGCACAGAAACAAACAAAGGUAGUAGAGGAAUGUCUGCCACUACAGUAUUCCCUCAAAGAGGAGGAACUAAAUGAGGGCACAAAAUCAUACGAGGAAGACGUGGAUGAAGAAGCAACAGAAGAGGCAGCAGUGAUAACAGAGGAGGUUGUAAAGGCGGAGAUGGAAAUCGACGAGGUGAAGCCACAAGAGGUGACAAGGGAAGAGUUAGUCAGAGAAGACAUGCAACCUGAAGACAAGCAGCCCGACGUGGACAACCAGAGAUCAUCUCCUCAGCCAGACAGUAGACCCCCCAGCAGCCCUGUGUUCCUGACAGCCCAGAGCUCCGAGGGCCUGCACAGGGCCACAUCCUCCGAGAGCAACUACACCGAUGCCAGGUCCGAGUUCUCAACUCAGGAUUCCUCAGAAGAAAGCUUUCAUUCUGGUUAUGCAACUCCCACUGAGUCCUAAUGCCCUCCUGAGAUUCAGACAGUUAUGAGAGAUAUCUCCUUCUUGCUGGAGGUCCUCACAAGGCGAACAAUUUGCCCAGACGAUACUUACAUGAUUUUAUUUAGUCACAAAGAGCUUUUUGCCUUUCCAGUUAGUACAAACAACCAUAUGAAUAAAUAAAUAGUGUACAAAAUUUCUUUUGACUGGUUUUGCUGAGAAGUAUUCAGAUAUUUAGCAUAUUGGUUUAGCAGGUUUAAUUCUUGUGUCAAGUGAUCAACACAGAUGUUUUUAGCUGCGGAAUUAUUAUGUAGACAGAUGUUAUAUAGUUUUCGAGAAGGACUGCAGGAUUUUUUUUUUCAAGAUGCAUGUUUUUAGCUUUUGGCCCCAAUAAAAGGAAAACAUAUUGAGACUUGAAGUAGUGCCAUAUAUUUUUCUUACUCUAAAAAUCUUUGUAAAUACUUUUAAGAGAAAUACACCUAUUGUAAGUAAGAAUACAUCACCGAAUCAGUUUUUUUAAGAGGACUUUUUGAACCAGAUUGGGUUUUUUUUUUAAAUUCCAACAUCCAAAGAUCAAUACUGCUCUGUACAUUGUGUAAUGACCUGAGUUUUGACUUUGCCAUUUUAGGGGCAAGUAAUGUACAUGUAUCAUUUAAAAAAAAAGAAAAAGAAAAGAGGUCAUAAUUACGUAUUGUUAAUAUGUAAAUUUCUUCUGACAAUUUGAUCUGUUUAUGGUGCCACUAUUCACUGUUCUGGUCUAUCAGUGGAUUGCUUUAGUGUGUGUUGUACAACUUGUAAUUAUUAGCAUACAAUAUUACCUAUACUUUAUUUAAUAAUGUCCAUAUUGUGUAUAAUGCUUAAAGCGUAUCGUAUAUUUUUUUGCUUUUGUUUCAUUUCCAGUGUAUGUUUGAUAUUCCUGAAACCUGUACUCUUCUGCUCGUGGGAAAGCCUUUCCAGAGACAUUUUAAAACAAUAUAUCUGAUAUAUUGUACUGCUGAGGAGACUCAUGUGUGAUCAUUUGUGAGUGUAACGAUGGGAUUUUUGUUUCUCUUUCAAAGAUCUCCUGGUUACUGUACACAUGUUAUCAUGCAACAGCAAAAUAUUUCACAAGGUUUGAAUUACCUGGUCUACAGGUUUGAAAAUCAAUCCCCUAAUCAAAAGAGACGUUUAGUUUAAAGUGAACAGUAGUUCUGCUCAAAAGUUCCUUUGAAAUCUGUGAACCACAGGAUUCCUGUAAUGUGCUUCGGUUGAUCCUAGAUUUGACUCUUAUGUUAAGAUUUGUGCUGUUUUUCUAUAUCAAGGCUUUGCGCGUUUUCUUUUUGACAACCAGUAAGAUUUCUUUUAUCCACAAAGCAUUUGAAUGGACCCAUUCACCUUGGUAAGGAGGGACUGAGACUUUUGCGAGGGGAAUGCAUUUCUAGACCUUUGAUCUCCAACUACUCACUCUGAGCACAGCAAAUGCCGAGGUAGAAAUUGUCUAAACUCUACUCAUGGAGGAAGAACUGAGAUGACUCUCAGCCAUUUUCCAAAGAGUUGCUUUGCAUCAUGAAAUCUACACUUGCAAAACAGGUGAAAUACUAUAACGCUAUAAGUAAAAGGAGCGUCUUAGCUAAGUGGCGAUUUUCUUGUUGGAGAGUGUUGCAGAAUGGCUUUUAAGUACAUGUAUAACAUCUUUAAACACGCCAAAGGUUCUCGUUCUCCCAAAAUCUCACCGACUAUGUUUGGUUGCAUUUUCCUAAUAGCUGAUGAGGCAGAGUGUCAUGGUUGGAGAUCCGGUCAUAAUUCAUAGAAAUUUGUCACCUAUGCUCACUUUUCAAAUUUCUCUCUGUCUGCCUCCUUCAGGUGAUGGUUCUCUUUUUUUUUCCCCUUUCUUUUGUGUAAAUGAUAUUUUCAUCAUUGUGGAUACUUGAACAAAAUUGUCAGAAAGUUGUAGUGCCCACCAUUUUUAUAGAAUCGGUCCUACUGCAGAGAGUUAGUGAUUUUGCUGUUGCUGUGUUCAUACAUAUUCUUUAUUGAAAGCUAAUUCCCACAGGUUCCUUCACCGUCAUGUGCUAGUCACUCUUUUUGCCAUGCACACGAUGAUCUACGCACAGGUCAAAUACGCAAUCAUAACAAACAGCCACUGGUGGCAGCGCCCCCCCUUCCACACACACACUUUUUGCAGGUCCUAUAAUGGGGUGGGGCUUUAUGGUUUGACCUCGCUCAGCUAACAUGGACUAUCCAUUCUCAAACUGUGCUGUAUUUGUGUACUCAUCAAUCCCACCCCGUUCAUGACAGAUGUUUUACUUUCAUUAAAGAAUCACCGAUCAAAAUUGAAAUCAUUGACAUUCAAGAUAUAAAACAAGACAUAGAUGGGUGACUGUUGGAACUCUUGAGAGUCCCAAGGUGUUUUUGCCAGGAUGCAGUCACAUUUAUUUUGCUCUCACUUUUUACCUUAAAUCCACCACUUUUUGUUGCUAGUCUUUGCAUUUCAUGUUAGUUUUAGCCAGUAUUUGUAGACUUGGUGUGAAAGAAAUUUGUUGUCAACUUUCACAAUACAGUUGUGAAAUCACAGUGGUAUGGUUACACUUUUUGGAAGUAGCAUGUAACAUUUGAAUACCGGGGAGAAAAGUGCUAGAGCAACAUGAAUAUACCUCUAAUACUGACAUUUUUUCAGUAUUUUUUGUACAUUUUUCUACAUGUGAUGUAAUAAAUGAUUUUGAUAUGAUCAGUUUGCUGUAAUUAUAUCGCUAAUUGAGGUGAUUCUGAUUACGUGUAAUCCGAUACCUUUUUCUGGUGUUGGUAAAGUAGCAGAGGAUCACAAUACUUUCGAGUAAAAGUGCCUCUUUAAAGUAAAGGUCGUUAAUGCACGUCCGUUUCCUCUGUGCACGUAAUCAGAACAGACCUCUCACCACCACGACCAACUUUGACCAGUGUGUCUGUGUUAAUGAAUCUGCUGAGCUGCACUGAAGAGCCAGCUAGCAUAGUCAAGGGCCAAAUUGUGACAAACUAGCCUGAUGCCAAGUGCCCAAUCCAUUAUGUUUGAAAAUUGUGACCCUAAGCAGCACUUGUAGCCCAUAGCCCUCCAGGGUUUAUGGCCUAACACCGUCAAUGAUUGACUUACCGGUGUAACAUCCCAUUGUAACCCUUUUCUCCUGUAUGUAAUAAAAUCUCAAAACUCCAUCAGUACCGAGAUUACUAAAAAGGACCGACUUGCAGAGUGCCGCUGUCCCUGUUGCAACCCCCCCUAUGUGCCAUAGUUGUGGGACCUACUCCUGUUGAAACAGAUGUUGUGGGAGGAAGAAAGGUUAUGGGAACAUAAAUCAGCUGACUUGUCUAACAAAAGAAAUUGACACUGAACGCUCUGAAAGCCUGCCCACAAUUGCAAUUUGUCCCACAGAUGUAGUCACAAACUGACACUCGACCCAAAAGACCAAUUUUUUUUUUUUUUAAGUAAGGUACAGCAGGAAAAGGUACCAGUACACUCAAUAGAUGUUGCUGGACAUCUUUGUGUAGGUAGUGUAUGAUAUUUAUUUAUCCAAGAAUAUAUGAUGAGUUGUUCUCUUUGAAAGAGGUCAUUGUGUAUAAAAAAAAAUGUACAUAAAUAUCAAGCAUUGGGUCCUUCAUCCAUGUGACUUAUUUUAGCUGUAAAUGUAAUAUUUUGUUGAGAAAUUGUCCCUUUUUUAAAUCGACUUUGUGCAUAGUGUCCUUCACUAGUUACAAAAUGUAUACAGUGCACUUAUUCCUCCUGGCUUUCCUGUGGUGGUCAGAUAAGCCAGUACAGUCGGAGCAGUCAUUAAGUUCAUUUGAAACUACAGAAAAAUAUAAAUUUCAGGUAGGACUUCUUAACAAACACUGUACAAAAUUGCUCUGAAAUAGCAUGUGGGGUCCAAUGACCUUGUCACUCGUACUAAAGAGAAAAUAUAAGUCUUCUUGAGACUGAAAGUACCCAACACCCUCUCUGAAAGUAUCUAAAGGGUGUUAGAAUAGUUAUAGAGAUGUUAAUCAUUAUUUCAUGGGACAACUUUCACAGACGUUCUGAUGUGGUUUUUUUUAUGCUGCACUUGAAUUUUACCGUCAUUUGUAGGACAAGCUGCCAUGUACUGGUACAUGUACAUCUGGCAAUGUACUCACUGACGUUCUGUGAUGUACGCAGAUAUUUUUACCAUUGUCUCGCUAUAAGUUUCCUUUGCAGGUUUUAAACUUGUAUUUGGAUAUUUACCUGUUGUUUACUUGUUAAUAUGGAUGCCUUGUAAAAUAAAAAAGAGAGUCAUUGGUGAUGAAAGAA